AAUUGAUCAGAUAACGAGUCGAAAUAAAUUCAGAUAUUUUUACUGAGCCGUCCAUAUUCGGUCCAUCGGCUUGCAGUGAGAUUCUCCUGGCUAUUGCUCAUCUUCCUGCAAAAAUGAAGGCGGGCCGUAAGACUCUGCUCUUCUACUUUACCCUACUGUCGGCCACCUUGUUGUGCCACGGAAAAGACGAUUUCUUCAAUGACGACGGAAACCUUGUCCUCCCGGGGUCCUACAACAUCCCAUGGAUGGCGGGCAUUCAGGAUUUCCGCCCCCUCUCUCUCUUCACCAUCCCCGGGUCGCACGAGAGCCUGGCCCUGCACGGAGGACCAGAUGUCGAAUGCCAGUCCUGGUCCCUGAAGGAUCAGCUCAGGGCCGGCAUUCGAUUCCUGGAUCUCAAGGUGUUCGGACUCGUGGACACCCUCUAUGUCAUGAACGGGGUGGUGUACCAGCACAGCACCCUCAAGGAGGUCCUGGACACCGUCCGAGCCUUCCUCUCAGAGUUCAAGACCGAGGCGGUGCUCAUUCGAAUCCAACCAGAGUCCUUCGAGAAGAGCACCGUCAAUGAAAUGGUGUUGAGUCUCAUCGGCGACGACCGCAACGUCUGGCUGGACUCCGGGAUGCCGAAAAUCGGUCAGGUCAGGGGUAAGAUUGUCUUUUUGCAGAAGAGCACCUUCACGCUGGGAAUUCCCUUCAUUGAAACCAACGGGGAAAGUGUGAAGAAGGUCAGCGACGUUAAAGAUAAAGACAACCGCAUCAUCAUGCAGCUGACCCAAGCCAACGUGCUGUGCGGGGGGGAUAACGCUGUCCUGACCUACAGCAGCGGCUCCGGCAUCGGCACCUUCUGGGGGAUGUUCCUGACUCCAAAGAGAGUGGCGGAGAAGGUCAACCCCUGGCUCUACCAGUACAUCAGGCAGUUCUUUUCCAAUCAGCCCAGACCAUGCUUCGGUAUCGUUGCCAUGGACUACCCCGGCAUUGACCUCAUUCAAACCCUCAUCAAUCUAAACUGGUGGUGAUGAUGUAGCGUCGUGUGUGUGUGUGUGUGUGUGUGAGGUGGAGGGGUUUGAGUCUACCGAUCAUUAAGAAACGUGUUCCUGUAUCUCUCCCAUCACUUUGUCUCUGGAGACACUUUGAUGGAAACUGAAUUACUGGAAAUACAUAAAUUUCUUCUGCAAACGGAAA